UCGGUGGCGGCCGCUACGGUGCUGACAAGAUGGCGGCUGGCGGAGCUGUCGCUGCGGCGCCGGAGUGCCGGCUUCUCCCCUACGCGCUACACAAGUGGAGCUCUUUUUCCUCCACCUACCUUCCCGAGAACAUUUUAGUGGACAAACCAAACGACCAAUCUUCAAGAUGGUCUUCAGAGAGCAACUAUCCUCCCCAGUACUUGAUUCUAAAGCUCGAAAGGCCUGCUAUAGUUCAGAAUAUCACAUUUGGAAAAUAUGAGAAAACUCAUGUUUGCAAUUUGAAGAAAUUUAAAGUCUUUGGUGGAAUGAAUGAAGAAAAUAUGACAGAGCUGUUGUCCAGUGGCUUAAAGAAUGAUUAUAACAAAGAAACAUUCACCUUGAAGCAUAAAAUUGAUGAACAGAUGUUCCCUUGUCGAUUCAUUAAAAUAGUUCCACUCUUGUCCUGGGGACCCAGCUUUAACUUUAGCAUCUGGUAUGUUGAACUUAGUGGCAUUGAUGAUCCUGAUAUAGUACAACCUUGUCUCAACUGGUAUAGCAAGUACCGUGAACAGGAAGCUAUUCGCCUUUGCCUAAAACACUUCAGACAACACAACUAUACAGAAGCUUUUGAGUCACUGCAAAAGAAAACCAAGAUUGCACUGGAACAUCCCAUGUUAACAGAUAUUCAUGACAAGCUGGUGUUGAAGGGUGAUUUUGAUGCUUGUGAAGAGUUGAUUGAAAAGGCUGUAAAUGAUGGCUUGUUCAAUCAGUAUAUCAGUCAACAAGAAUAUAAGCCACGAUGGAGUCAAAUCAUUCCCAAAAGUACCAAAGGUGAUGGGGAAGAUAACCGUCCGGGAAUGAGAGGAGGCCAUCAGAUGGUUAUUGAUGUUCAAACAGAGACUGUUUAUUUGUUUGGUGGCUGGGAUGGAACACAAGAUCUUGCUGACUUCUGGGCGUACAGUGUGAAGGAGAACCAGUGGACAUGUAUCUCUAGAGACACUGAAAAAGAGAAUGGUCCUAGUGCCAGAUCGUGUCAUAAAAUGUGCAUUGACAUUCAACGGAGGCAAAUCUACACCUUGGGGCGUUACUUGGAUUCCUCUGUGAGGAACAGCAAAUCUCUGAAAAGUGACUUCUAUCGUUAUGACAUUGAUACAAACACAUGGAUGUUACUAAGUGAGGAUACUGCUGCUGAUGGAGGGCCGAAAUUGGUGUUUGAUCAUCAGAUGUGUAUGGACUCAGAAAAACAUAUGAUCUACACUUUUGGUGGUAGAAUUUUGACUUGUAAUGGCAGCGUAGAUGACAGCAGAGCCAGUGAACCACAAUUCAGUGGCUUGUUUGCUUUCAACUGUCAAUGUCAAACCUGGAAACUUCUUCGAGAGGACUCCUGUAAUGCUGGGCCUGAGGACAUCCAGUCUCGAAUAGGACACUGCAUGCUAUUCCACUCAAAAAAUCGUUGCUUAUAUGUAUUUGGUGGCCAGCGAUCAAAGACCUAUUUGAAUGAUUUCUUUAGUUAUGAUGUGGACUCUGAUCAUGUAGACAUAAUAUCAGAUGGCACCAAGAAAGACUCUGGGAUGGUUCCAAUGACAGGAUUUACACAGAGAGCAACUAUUGAUCCAGAACUGAAUGAAAUACAUGUCUUAUCUGGACUCAGCAAAGAUAAGGAAAAGAGGGAAGAGAAUGUUAGAAAUUCAUUCUGGAUUUAUGACAUUGUGAGGAAUAGUUGGUCUUGUGUCUAUAAGAAUGAUCAAGCUGCAAAGGAUAAUCCAACUAAAAGUCUUCAGGAAGAAGAACCAUGUCCAAGGUUUGCCCAUCAGCUUGUAUACGAUGAGCUACACAAGGUUCAUUACUUAUUUGGUGGGAAUCCAGGAAAAUCUUGUUCUCCAAAGAUGAGAUUAGAUGACUUCUGGUCACUGAAGUUGUGUAGACCUUCAAAAGAUUAUUUACUGAGGCAUUGCAAGUACCUCAUAAGAAAACACAGGUUUGAAGAAAAGGCCCAAAUGGAUCCCCUUAGUGCUCUGAAAUAUUUACAAAACGAUCUUUAUAUAACUGUGGAUCAUUCAGACCCAGAAGAGACAAAAGAGGUAAAGAAAGUUUCAGCUCCUGGCAUCAGCUCUAUUCAAAUCUGGUUCAGAUUUUACAGCUCUAGGAAAGCAUGAGGUGCAGUGAUAAGGUAAGGAAUCGGCCUUUCCUUGGUCAGUCCUCCAGAGAAUUAACUCAAAAGGAUCAAAAUGCAGGACACUACCCUUGAUAUAUUUGUCACUACCUUCUGGUGGGACGACAACAGUAAGUAAAGAAGACUUGGCCCUAAACACAGAUGAGAGCCAGCUGCUCCCAGGUCAAGCGCGUGUGGAGACUGUACUACAGAGCUUGGAAGUUGCUGCGUUAGGAGCUUCUACCGUCUAAGGAAGAUGACUGAGCAUCUAAUAGGGAAAUGGCUGUGUGUGCCCAUGCUCCCGUAACUUCUUAUAUAAAUGACGACUGCAGAGUUCCUAGAAACGGGGUGGGGUGGGGGGGGAGAUAUUUUCCCUGUAAAUGAAGGCAACAUUGGUUUAUCACUAACUUCAGAUUCUGAAGGUAUUAAUAUGACUGGAAAGACCAUCUGAGGCUUGUACAGCCCUGGUGUAAGUCUAAAUCCUGGUUGAUGACAUUCCUUCUUUAGCACCAUGUAUGCUACGUCUUCCUUUGCCUUUUACAUGUCUUAGAGAAAAGGAAGAGGGGACUGGAGACUUGGGCUUUCUGGGGCAUAGGGCAGUUGGGGCAGCAGAGGAUGAUGCCACCAUCCUUACUCUACAGCUUCACUAUUGUCUUACGGGGCCUUUUUUCCUGUGGGCUUUCACCCAGCAAAAACAGUAGCUGUCAAUCAUAUCCUUGCCAGAGAGAUUCUUAAUAUAGGAGAAACUAUAAUAAGAAGGAGAAACUACGUAGAAGUAGCCUGCCUAGCACUAUGUUCGUAAGUUUUAAUGGUUGGCAAACCCCGAGAGGUGGUUAGGAACCUUGGUGAUGUACAUAGCAGCAUUGUACAGCUGCCCUCUAAACUUGGGACAUAGAAUGGAGAGCCCAGGAGGAAUUGGGAAUCCUGGCUUUUAUUUCCGAUGACCAAUGACUUCUGCAUAGCAUUGUGCAGAACCACAACUUCUCUGCCUCAUUUCUUCUGUGAAGUAAAUACUGGCAGCAGAUCUUGUUUGCUAGGAUCCUAUUGAUUUUCUUUUUUUUUUUCUUUUAAGGACAGGGUCUCACUCUUGUCAUGCAGGCUGGAGUGUAGUGGUGUGAUCAUAGCUUACUGCAGCCGCCAACUCCUAGGUUCAAGUGAUCCUGCCUUAGCAUCCUGAGUAGCUAGGACUACAGGCAUGUGCCAGCACAACUGGCUAAUUUAAAAAAAAAAAAAAAAUGUAAAGAUGGGAUCUGGCUGUGUUGCCCAGGCUGGUCUCAAAUUCCUGAGCUCAAGCUAUCCUCCCACUUUGACCUCCUAAAGUGCUGGGAUUAAAGGCAUAAGCCACCAUUCCCUGCCAAGGUCUUUGAAAGCAAUAGAUAUCUCAGUGUUUAUCACUAGUGUUAAUUAUGUAGCCAGUUCUAUUCUUUACUUUUUUCCCUUGUGGUACAGAAGAAAUCUGUGAUUUGGGAGGGAGCUUAUAGGGGAGGUUCUGAGUGACAAAUCAGCAUAACACAUUUAAAUUGACAACUGUGCGUGUGUCUUGGUUGGCACGCAAGGAGCAGGGUGAAUGACCUACUCAGGAAGAGAAUGGGAUCUUAGGUCUAACUUGUGGCCCACGAUAAGCUGUGGGUCACUCUUAGAACAGUGCACCUCAACUAUGGCCAGGGUCCUUUGUGAGUUCCUUGUACUUGGACUCCUUUCUGUAUCCUUGGCACCCUCUCGAAGCUAACCUCAAAAUAACCCAGGCCCAACAUUAGCCCUCUCUUCAGGGUUUAACUGCCUUUCACAACUUUCAUGGAAGGAAAGUCAUGUUGUAACAGUAGUUGCAUUCUAGAAAUGUAUUUUGCUGUUGUUGGAACUCUGGCAUUAACGUGAUACUGAGAAAAGAGUGUAGGACUAAAGAGCAAAAAGAUAGAGAAUCAAGGCCCGUGCUGCCAUUUAAAUGGUUGUGUGAUCAAUCUCAGAGAGAAUACUUAACUCCUGCAUCUAAUUUCCCGAGUGGGGACAAUUCCUAUAAGAUAGGUUUGUAAACCUAAAGGUUUCCUAUAAAAUGGUUUGUAAAUGGUAAGAUGCUAGGCAAGUAGACAAGAUUGUUGUCUAGCCAACUAAGAUUAUGGGCCAGUUCUACCUGAUAGUUUCCCUUCUGCAAGUUGGGAAUGAUGAUGUUUUCCCCUUCCAGUGAGGAAGCAUGCAGCUGUGGAUAAUACCACACUAGGAGAUGAAGAAAGAAUCAUCUCCAGUGAUUCCUUCCUUAAACCUCUAUCUUCACUGCAGACCUGGAGGAGGGAUAGGCAGAAGCCUCUUGUGGCAGUAAACAGAUCCUUUUAUGGCAGAAACAGGGCCAGAACAGAGCUGCUUUGUUUUUACAUAGAUACAUAUAUACACAUAUAUAUACACACACACACACGUAUGUAUACAUACAUAUAUACACCCGUGUGUAUAUAUGUAUGUAUACAUAUACACACAUAUAUAUAUGCACACACAUACAUAUAUAGUCUCUUUGCCAGUGUUUUCAUAGCUGAUCAGUGUUGAGCAGCCCUCUUGGGGAUUUCUGAUAGUGGUGAUUCACAAUGUAUCUGAGGCAGAAGUGGAGGGAGGGAAGAGGGUGAAACAUACAACAACAAACAUCUUAGGGGAAAGUGAGGUUCUUUACAGUCACUAGGAUAGCUUGAGUAAUGUAAAGACUCAUAACCACCUUUAGGAUCCCCCUUUUUUUUGCUUUUGGGUUCUCUCCUUCUCUCGCCUAAUUUCUUUGCCUGCAGAGUUGGACAAGCGUAACUCAGCACAGAGGCUCCUGUGCUAUGGGUGUGACCCGACGUUCUCAGGCACUUUGGCGAUGAGCCUCAUACACAAGUGAAGGCUUUAAGUCAGAGCAAAAUACUAGAGCUUGAACCAGUUUACACAAAAACACUUUAAUUGACAGUAUACAAUUUUCCAAAAUAUAUUUUUGUAAGAAAAUGCAGUAAUUAACUAUAGUUUUUACAAACAAGUUUCUCAGUAAAUUCCAGUGUACUUCAGACCCCUGUCCACGAAGACACAUAUGAUCCCCCAGUUCCUGGGCAAACUGUUGAACAUUCACUGCAGACAAAAAGACCCACACUGAAGAGUCAUCUGCGUCCCCCAUGUUGUGUUUGCAGCAGACCUGAGGGAUCAGCUACUGACCGUGACAAAAGCUAUGCUACAGUUUUACUCUUGCCCUCUCUGCCUCCCCCAUCUUGUUUCCUUGGUCCCUCGGUCCUGUUGGAAUAAGUUCCAUACAUAAAAGCUCAUCCAAAACUUGUUUCUUGGCAGAAAGAAUUGUUCACUUACAUCUUAAACCUAAAUGAUUCAGAAAGUGUAGAAGACCAGUUCUUACGUUUGUGUUCAUGCCCUCCCUAGCCUUGCUAGGGUAAGAAAUGGGAAAGGAAUUCUGUCCUUUGUGUCAUUCUGGCACCUUCGAGUAGCAAUUCUUAAUUUACUGAUUAUUCCUUCUGAGGUGCACAGUCUGUGGAUCCAGGUUUUAAUCUUGUUUCUGUCCUGAGCCAUGUGAUUUUGAGGAAGUCACUUUAUCUUUGUGAGCUUCAGAUUAUCUUUUUCUCUAGAAAAAGACUGGACUAGAUCAUGAAAUACCUUUACUGAAAUGGAGCUGUGACUGCUGGGGAGGGGGCAGGGUUGCAUUUUAAAAUUAAAAAAAACCACCUGAUCUACAAGACAAAUACUUUAUCAUAAGUUUGUCUUGUUAUAUUUCAUUUUUUGUUUAAAAAAAAAUCAAGCAAAAACUUGUCAUUUCCAGUAAGACAUUUACAUUCCUGUCCAGAGAAAAAACUUGGCCAUCACUCAGCUAACAAUGUUUUUUCAAAGUAUGUUCACUUAAAGCAGUGCAGAGUGGAUUAACAUGGUCACUGUAUUUACAUUAUCAAAAAAAAUGUGCAUAAGUAUCAGUUUGAACUUGUUCUUCAAAGUUUCUCCAGUAUAUUGUCAAAAAAGAUAAAGCUCAAGAAGUGGUUUAAAUAAACUUUCUGCUAGCUUUCCUUAUCAACCGGGAAAAAAAAUCUGGUGUCUAGACUAGAUUAAACCCGUGUUCUGUUUUACAACGCAAAGAAUAUUCUGUACCUCCUUCAUAAGGAUUGCUGCCUGUCUCCCCACUCUCAUGACAGUAGGCUUCCCAGUCAUCAUACUCGUAGUUUCUGGCCUUCUGUGCAGCUUGGGGAAACCACAGUUUACCACUGAAAGAGUUGAUAAACUGUCUUUGCUACAACCUGUUUAAGUCAUGCUGAGCUUCUAGUGUUCCUCUUUCUUACCUCUUCCCAGACCCAGAAUCUGAAUUAUCAGAGAGCAUUUAGAACCCAGUAAAGGUGGCGGAAGAUGAUGACCUUUAUAGAUGCAUGGCUGUUUGGCCUGUUGAUAUAGGUGUCCUGGUGGCAAGAGCAAGGCAAGGUGUCAGAUUCUGAAGCUGCCCUAAGCCUAGACUAACACAGUUUGGACGAAUAUAAAGCAGUAACCUCUGAAUCAGCCCAAAGCCUCUCCGUGUUCUCCUUGGACAGAGCGAUGGAGAGUCAGGAGAGUCAGGACCGACCUGGCCAGGCACUCCUGCUCUCUAGUCCUUGCCAGUCAUCAUCUGUCUCCAAGAGGCCACAGGGUUGCAGCCUUUGAUUGAUUUGCAGAGGCCUAUUUGCUGUCUCCGUCGAAAGCCCUGGCUGGUGAAGUGUGACCCAGGAUCAGCAAAGGAGGAAUAAUCCAGUCUGGCCUCUCCCAUGGGACCACAACAGAAAACCUACUGGGUGGAGAGAACCCAGCACUGGGCAAGAAGGAAGCAAACACCUCACUCAAGCCUAACAAGAUUUCCUGUUUUCCCCCAAACAGGCACUGUUCUCCAUCCUGCCCACCUCCAAACACUAGAGCGUCAGGGCAGAUGUUUUUGGAACUUGUUAGCCUCGUAUCCCCCUAACUCCUGGGAAACUCGCUGGGGCCCUAUGUGAACCCUUGGCCUUCCUUUUCCCCUAGGAUAUCAGAUGGCUACAGACUGUGAGGAAGGAAUUAGGCAGACGGGGCAAGACAGAUCUUCCCCAGCCCCUCCCCCUACCCUUUUAAAAAGUAAGCCAUCCCAAGUGGAUAGCCUAUUUCAUCAGAACUACUACAGCCGGAGCCUGACUCUUAAGACCCUGGAGGUGUGGCGUUUCACCCGAAAAAUGGCAAUUUCAUUCCCCUAAGCAGUUCUGCCCAUUUUCCUACUUGAUCCCAGGGAAUUUACGCCCAGAACGAUGGAGACCAUGGCGAAAGUUCAACAUUCCA